UGUUAGAGUGCUCCCCUCCCUCCGUUGGCUGGAUUCCUGUGAGGGCAGGGCAGCAGUUAGGGAUAAAUCUCAGAGCUCUGUGUACACAGUACAGCACGCUUGGACUUCCAAGCAAAGACGGAUCUGUACAUGUAUGUGUGUACCUGCUGUGCCUGGCGCCGAGGGAAGCUCUUUGCCGGACUCGACUCUUCCACCGGAAAUCGCCUUUUCUCAAAGGAGCUGUGUCCUGUGCACUUACAGCCAUGGGUCAGUCUUCUUCUAAACCUGAUGCAAAGGCCCAUAAUAUGGCCUCCAGCUUUAAUGAGUUCUUCAAGAGUUUCAAAAUGGAAAGUAAAGUCCUUUCUGAGGAGACCAUCAAUUCAAUUCAGUCCCGUGUGCAAGAAGGAGACAUACAGAAGGCGAUUUCUAUAAUCAAUGCUGCCUUGGCAGACAUUGAGAAAGCCCCCCUGAACAUCGCAGUGACAGGGGAGACGGGGACAGGAAAGUCCACUUUCAUUAAUGCCCUGAGGGGAGUAGGGCAUGAAGAGAGUGAGUCAGCUAAGAUUGGAGCAGUGGAGACAACCAUGGAUAGGGGGAAAUACACCCACCCUAAGUUCCCUAACGUGACCAUCUGGGACCUCCCUGGGGUCGGGACAUGUAACUUCAAACCAGAAGAAUAUCUGAAGAAGAUGGAGUUCCAGAAGUAUGACUUCUUCCUUAUCAUCUCAGCUACUCGCUUUAGAGAGAAUGAUGCCCAGCUGGCCAAAGCAAUCAAAAAAAUGAAAAAGAACUUCUAUUUUGUUCGAACAAAAAUUGACAGUGAUUUGUGGAAUCAGAAGAAGUGUAAACCCAAGUCCUACAAUAAGGAAAAAAUCCUGGAGGAAAUUCGCAAAGACUGUGUGGAGAAGCUGCAGAACGCUCGGGUGGCCUCUGCUCGAGUCUUCUUAGUCUCCAGCGUUGAGGUAGCACAGUUUGACUUUCCUCAGCUGGAGUCCACCCUUUUGGAAGAGCUGCAGGCGCACAAGCGUCACGUCUUCAUACAGUGCCUCCCUAACAUUACCGAGACUGCUAUUGACCGCAGGAGGGAUGCCCUGAGACAGAAGAUCUGGCUGGAGGCUCUGAAGUACGGCGCGUCGGCCACCAUCCCCAUGAUGUCUUUCUUCAAUGAUGACAUCGAGGAGCUCGAGAAGAUCCUGACCCACUACAGGAGUAGCUUUGGGCUGGAUGACGAGUCGCUGAAAAACAUGGCCAGUGAGUGGUCCAUGUCUGUGGAGGAGCUGAUGUCCUUCAUUAAGUCGCCCCAUUUGCUGUCAUGUGAGAUGAAUGAAUCUGUGUCAGACAAGAUGGUGAAAAUCAUGGAGAAAAUUUUUGCUGUCACUGGUGGAUUUGUAGCCACUGGCCUUUACUUUAGAAAGAGUUACUACAUGCAAAAUUAUUUUCUUGACACAGUGUCCGAGGAUGCUAAAAUUCUACUUAAGAAAAAAGUCUUUUUGCAGGGCAGUGAGGACUCUGAGUAAGGCUCUAACGAUGGAGAGGAUGAGGCAGCUGGCCUGGGACUUAGGUGACUGCACUGUUUUCAGGACACUGGAGAGACGACUUAGGGUGUUCUGAAGCACCCUGGCCAGGCUGCGAUGUCUCUUAGGCUUUGUGACCCUUGGGAAAGUAGAGGUAUCAGAAUUAUGUCACAUGGUGGUAAUGUCAUGCCCAGCAUGAGUCUUGGACAAUGUGCCAGUACAAACUUUCUGGGCACAGAGUUUCCAGAAAUGAUUUUGUUUUGUUUUUAGAUAGGAUCUUCCUAUGACUCUCCUGGAUCUUCUCCUCUUCAGAAGUAGAUCAGGCUGGCCUCGAACUCAGACAGAAAUUCUCCUGCCUCUUGAGUUCUG